CUCCCUGAGCCGCUUCCCCGCCUCUGCUGACAGGAGCUUCGGUUGCCUGUUUGAGAACGAGCUGUGUUCACCAUACGAGCUCUGUGUCAACGAUGGUAUGUUUGGGAGGUGUCACUCUGUUCCAGUGAAGGAGGUUUACACCUACGACGUCUCCCCGUCUGUAGUGCAACGCUUCAGGAUGCUGCUGGAGAAGCUGUCCAACAGAGGCUUGACCUGGGAAGAUGACACCACCCAGCAGAUUCUGUCCAAGGAGUUGUCCAAAGUGAGGAGGAUUCCCUACGGGCCGCAGCAGAAUGGACCUGUCUACAACACCGACAGCAGGCCAGUACCCGAAGCGAUGGACCCAGUAGACCAGAGAGUGAAGCCAGUGGAGGUGGAGCUCAGCAGAAACCUGCAUACGUACCUUCAACGUCUCGGCCUCCUCCCCAAGACGUCGUCCGCUGCCAGCCUGAGUGACCCUGACAAGAGCGACCAUUUCCACUCUGGCAUCCCUGCAGACUUUUAUCGCUCCAAAGCCCAGACUUCGGCUCAGAAGUCACCUCCCUCCAGCUUCACUUCCCUUUCAUCUCUCCAACCUCUGCAGAAGCAGAGACCUGUAGCCAACCAUCUUCUAGCCACACAAUCUGAGGGUGACCUUCUCCUGGGUGCCCUGAGGCAGUAUCUCUCUGGGCAUCUGUCCCUUCGCGGUGGCGGGGUGAGCCCCGAGGAGCACGAGGCCCCACCUUCUCGCCUUAAGCCCUUUUACAGCAACGGGAUAGAAAACUCUGGGCUCAAAAGAGAGACCUCAAAAUCCAGGCUUCCGCAGAUGGGAAGAACUCAAGGGGCUUCAGUGAAGGACCCGCUCACGUCCGUGGAUGAGCGGUUCAUCGAGAACGUUUUGAAGAACGUUGGCAGGCAGCACGUGGACAUGGACGACCUGACGCCGCAGGACCUGGAUCAGCUGUCCAGCCUGAUAGCUGACGCUCUGCAGGUGGUCGACCAGGACCCGGGAAUAAACAGGGGUCUGACUCGGGUUAGAACUGGACCAAGAGACCUGGAGGGAGAGCUGAGGGAUGGGGAGGAAGAAGAGGAGGAGGAGGCUGCUAGAGAUGAGGAAGAGGAGAAGUUGCUGGAGAACGCUCCAACUCUGAAACCACAGGGGAGCACUCCUAUAGUGCCGGCAGCACUUCAAGAGCGCCACGCGGAUACAGAAGAGCAAAAUGUGAAGGACACGGUGAGCAUUCACUCUGUGGCCGAGAGUGGAAGUCUUGUCACCAAACUUCUUGCCUACCUGGACAAAACUUCCCUCAGCGCCUCUCCUUCAGUGAGAAACCGCAACGACGUCGCCGUGCAGACACCCAUUGGCCAACAGGUGGGGCUGGAGAACGUCCAGAGUCGGACCAGCGAGGCAGGAGUAACGGUGCAGAAGAAGGACGCCACCCAGUCCGUGGAGGAGGUGUCGGAGGUGGAGGGCUGGAUCAAGGAGGUGGCGCCCCCUCCUGCUUCACUUGUGUACGAGGAGCCGCACAAAAAGAUGAUGAAUGUUCCCGAACUUCAACUGGACGUCAAAGACGGCAGGAAGAAGGCUGACGAUGACGUCUUUGGCUACGUCAUCACUGACACAGAGGUGGUUGGCCCCGCUGUGACCUUCAAAGUUAGCUCAAACCGGCAGAACGUCAGCACCACAGAUGUGGCCAACGUGGCUGUUCAGCAGAAAGUGGCUUUGGAGAAGGAAGCCAAGCUCAGCAUCCUGGAGGCCGGAGUCGCCGAUGGAAGCCAGAUCAACCAGAUCCCCAGCAAGUACAGCCAGGCGGAGUCAACCAAGUUCCUCGUCCUCACUGUCGUGUCCAUCCUGUGCAUCGUCGGCGUGCUGCUGGCCUCCACCGUGGUCUACUGCCUCCGCCACCGCUCCCACCACAAGCUCAAGGAGAAACUCACCAACCUGGGAACAGAUGCCGGCAGCGAUGCUACCGCCACCUAUCAGGAACUCUGUCGGCAGCGUAUGGCGGUCAAACCUCCGGCCGAGCGCCCGGAGCCCAUCUCCUCCAGGAUCAACAGCGUGUCGUCUCAGUUCAGCGACGGCGGGCCGGCCCUCAGUCCCUCGGCGCGGAGCAGCGUCUCCUCCUGGAGCGAGGAGCCCGCCCACUCCAACAUGGACAUCUCCACCGGUCACAUGAUACUGUCCUACAUGGAGGAUCACCUGAAGAACAAGGACCGCCUGGAGAAGGAGUGGGAGGCGCUGUGUGCUUAUCAGGCAGAACCCAACGCCUGCACCAUCGGCCUGAAGGACGGCAACGCCAAGAAGAACCGCUCCCCUGCUGUAGUGGCAUAUGAUCACUCCCGAAUCACCUUGAAGGCGGAGAAUAGCCAAGGCAACUCAGAUUACAUCAAUGCCAGCCCGAUCAUGGAUCACGAUCCCAGGAACCCAGCCUACAUUGCCACUCAAGGCCCUCUGCCCUCCACGGUGGCUGAUUUCUGGCAGAUGGUAUGGGAGAACGGCUGCGUGGUCAUUGUCAUGCUGACACCUCUCGUCGAGAGCGGGGUGAAGCAGUGCUACCAUUACUGGCCUGAUGAGGGAUCCAACCUGUACCACAUCUACGAGGUGAACCUGGUGUCCGAACACAUCUGGUGUGACGAUUUCCUGGUUCGUAGCUUCUACCUGAAGAACAUGCAGACCAACGAGACACGGACCGUCACUCAGUUCCAUUUUCUGACCUGGCUCAACCAGAAUGUCCCGGAGACCAGCCGGACGCUCCUUGACUUCCGCAGGAAAGUUAACAAGUGCUACCGGGGACGCUCGUGUCCUAUCAUAGUCCACUGCAGUGACGGUGCGGGAAGAACUGGGACCUACAUCCUGAUCGACAUGGUCCUCAACAAGAUGGCUAAAGGUGCCAAGGAGAUUGAUAUUGCCGCGACUCUGGAGCACCUGCGGGACCAGAGGCCAGGAAUGGUUCAGACCAAGGAUCAGUUUGAGUUUGCGUUGACGGCCGUUGCGGAGGAGGUGAACGCCAUACUGAAAGCUCUUCCACAGUAGGAAGGAGCUCCUGCUUCUGACAGAUGUCCUCCAGUUCUCUUCUGCUCCUCUUCUCCCUCCCCCUGUCCUAACUGGAGGAUGCUUCCUUUUGUUUCCUCCUCCAUCUAUUUCCCAUUUUCAUCUCCUCCUUUCUCCUUUCAUACUUCUCUUCUGUCAUUUUGGUCUCAUCCUGUCUUGUUUCUCCCCCUGUUGUCCUUCCUUACCCUCUGUCCUCCAUUCAUCUCUUCGUUCCUGCAGUCGUACUCUCUAUUUUAACUAAUCAUUUUGCAUUUUCUGGCUCCUCUUGUCCCUUCUCAUCACUGUCUCUUUCGUCUCGUCUCCUCCUCUCCCUCUUGUCCAUUCCUUCUUUCCUGUUUCCCUUCUCCUUUCCUCAUUUUUUCUCCUCCUUUCUACUCUUGUCUUCUCUCCUUUUACCUCCUCUUUGUUCCACAUCUUGCCACCUACUUUUCGUUUCUUCUCAUCUCCGUCUCUCCUUCCAUCUCAGUAAACAUUGUGCCAGGAAACCGUUGAAUCAGUCCUGUACAUAGAUAGACCUUCCUUCUGUUGUAAUGAUCCAUGCAGCCUGUUUUCCAAAGUGACAUUUCACUGCGUUUAAAGACAUUUUGAUAGAGUGAUAAAAAUGUUUCUCUAUGUUCUGUUAAGAGUAUAUUUAUUAUAGUUUCUGUUUCUAGAUGAGCAUUGACCUCAUGGGCGUCAGUUGGGUAAAGCGAGGUUCGGCAAAUAGCGUCACAAUCUACUUGGAUGUAAGAGUUUUUUUUCGUCCGAAUUUCCGGAAUUGGUUUAGUGGGAUCAAAAGUAGUUCAAUCCCACUUAAAUAAAUCAGUUUAUAUCAUUUUAAAUUUAAUGUCUGUUUUCCAAAACGAUCUUCAGUAUAGGUAUUUGCCAAACCCGAGUGUUUAACCGAAUUGACGCCGCUGAUUGGUCUUUGUUUUGAGUGAGUGUAUGAUGUUGAUCAUCAUGUCUGUAUCACAGAAUCGUAUUUGUGUCUGAUUUCUGGUGCCAUGCUUUUUUUCUGAUAUGUUUUCAUGCAGUAUGCUAGAGUGUCAGUGAGGUAGGUAUGAGACCAAAUACGAGUAAUUUUAUCUCUCCUUGAAGGCUUAUUUUUCGUAAAAGUAAGUGGCGAAACAUUACAAGACACUGGUGAAAAAUAAAUGAGACGCUAACACUGGAGAUGAGGUUAAAUAACUUGGAAAUGGCUUUUUCAAUGUGUAAUUUUUAUCUUUAUCGUAGAAGCAAUAUUGUGUUUCUUCAACAUGAAUCGAUAUCUCUCGUGGACAACCAAUAUUGUGGCUUGUCAGUGAAGUAACACUCAUGUCUGCCUUACUAAAAAAACAGUAGAUGGACUGGUAAGUGUGUCUUGCCACCUGGAGACGAGGCCAGUGUGUAAUGCUUCAUUUUAAAAUGGCCUUAUUCCAGCGGAUUAACCUGUGGAUUAAAGGUUUGCUGUGCUGGUAUUUAAAGAAAAUCCCUCAGAUAAACACUGAAGGACAUGAAGUCUCUAUUAAUCCGGGAGCAGGAAGUUACCCCCUGUGCAAAAGUUUAUGACAGUCUUGAAAUCACUUCAACAGCAGUAACAUUGUGUAGUUUAAACUACGUUCCUAUCUUAAUAUGAACCACUCCGUACUGGAAUGAGGCCAUUAUAAAGUAAAGUGUUCCUGACAGGGAAGGACUAUCCCCUUUCUUGAUAAAAGGGGAAAGUCUUGCUUCUGGAUAGCAGUUCUUCUAUGUAGCAUUGAUGGAUGAUUUGUACAUAUACAGUAGCUGAAAGCUGUAUGUCACUGAAAACUGAUUUGCAGUGACACUUGGCUGGUUUUCCCAAAAGCAUCUUGAAACUACCUGGGCUUUUGUUCUGAUGUCCAUGAAAUGAGCCGUUCAGCCCAUUCACUGCAAACUACUUAUACUUCACUUUGUUGCUAAAUCUUUUACCUCUAUUUAACAUCUUUGAACUCAAAGUGCUUUACCUAUAUUCCAGGCAGCCGCCGGUUUCCACUCUUUCCUGUAUAAAGUAAAAUAAAAAUCUGUUACCAGACAAAUUAUUAAAUAGUCCAGAGCUGUCUUUUUCAAAUCAGUCUUCAACUACAACCAAUUUACCACACACAAAAAGAACUGAACUUGCAGUAUCCCUGCUUUGUAUUUAAAUGGAAAAAUACACCAGUAUGGUGCUUUGAGAUGCAAUCACGGCUACAGUCUCUUUCCAUUGGUGCAUUAUUGUAUUUGGUAGAUUUAAGAUUCGCACUGAACGAUUAAAGGCCUCUAUCUGCACGUAAGCAAAAGUCGCAUUACUCGCUCAAGUAGCCUGUAUAUUGGGCGGCCCUGAUAACCUGUCGAAUCCGAGUAUCAGCCCUGAAAUCCUUUUGGUUUUGGUUCAGUUGAACAAACUAAUCACUCGUCUAAAGAUGACUUUGGGAAACCAGCUCGCAGUUUGUGUAAAAUCAGCGUAAUCUCGCUGCUGACAAUUGGCUGACAGCAAACGAGCAGUUUUAAAUGUUUAAUCCAUCAAAUCCUUGUUUUUGUUUGUCCAGUCUUAUUCGAAUCACCAGUAAUAUGACUUGCAUACACUAUGCUACUAGUGCAUGGCUGUUUAUUCAGUAAAUGAGUAUGCUGUAUUUUUCUGUGGCCUCAAGACGAUCUUAGCAAAACUCUUCAAGCAAACAAGCAAACGGUUUAUCUAUUAGCUCUGUUUCAAACUAUCUAUUGCACGAGAAGCUCCAAGGACCUUAAAAGUGCAAAAGCCAAGGAUUACCCUCUCUAAACUGUGCAGAUCAAGGUUAAAGAGAGUUGAAAGGUGGUGCAGUAUCAAUGUGAUGUAACACUGCAGCAAGCUGGUGUCAUGUUGUUGGAAUCGACUCCAUUUUUCAUCACAAACCCUAAACCGGCUGCAAGAAAUGCUCCUUAUCACAGCUCGUUUGAUGUAGAAUGGAGUGUUAUCUUUUCUGCCGGUUUCAAGAUACUGACAUGUUUGUUAUAAAAAUGUGGGAAUAAGGGAAACUGCAUUGAGGGAAUUGAAAUGAUCACAUUGUACUGGCCAUUUUUUGAUGCGAGUCCAAACUGAGCCAGUUUUAAUGGGCAUUUUUUGCAGUGCGGUUGCUCAGUAGGUCAACUUUCCCAGUGCUGUUCUUUCUUACACACGCUCCAUCAGGUAUCAAUAGAUGGCUGGUCUGUUGCAUUAACACUCUGUACAUAAACCAAGACAAGAAAUACAAUAGAAGAUAUUUUGUUCUAUUGAUGUAAACAAAUUGUGAA